GCCGUUUCGCCGGUAGGAUGAAAUCGCUGCCCUCACACUCCCCUCGCAAGCUUCAAAGGGUUUAACAAGUUGGACCUGGGACUGGGACUGGGACUCGAAGCAGCAGUAGAACCAGUGCCAAAGAAGACCAACUGCUUUCUUUCAGCGCUUGAACAUUCGCUAUGUUUUCCAGAUGGAGCAGAGCUGCUUCUCAGAUGUCCAAGCUUGGGGCCCUGAGCAACAUGGUGGAGCUCAGAAAAUAUCUUUUUAUUCCCCGCCUAACCUAUGCCAAGGCUUCUGCAGCAGCUGUCCCACCUUCUCCUAAUGAUUCUACGCAUAAGGAUUUUCCUAGCAAAUCACCGGUAAAUUUGGAUAAAAUGUUUUGGUCUAAGCCCUGUUCUUUGGCUUUGGCCCCUGACUCUCCGCUCAGAAUUGAAGAGCCCAAAUAUGAAGGUAUUCAGCAUUUUAUCCUUAAGCUCUUGAUGUUUUAUAGCAAACAAAGCAAAUCUAUUAGGGGGGCAAAUGUGGUGUACCGGCGCAUCAUUGCACAAGUAGAUAAACCUGCCAUUUAUGAAGUAUUCAAUUUGGAGAAGACAUUUAAAAUGACAUUCUCAUUGCUUGUACUCCAUAUGUGGCUUUGCUUACGCCGUUUGAAACAGGAGGGAAAAGAGGGUGUUGAAUUUGGGCAAUACCUGUAUGAGAUUUACAACCAUGAUGUGGAGCUGAGAGUAUCUAAAGCAGGGGUUAACUUAUUGUUGACUAAAUGGAUGAAAGAGUUGGAGAAGAUAUUCUAUGGAAAUAUUGUUGCUUAUGAUGCUGCCAUGAUUCCAGAGGCUAAAUCUGAUGAGUUAGUGAAGGUGGUAUGGAGGAAUGUCUUUUCUGAUGAUGGGAAAUCAGAGCUAGAUGCUACUGCAGUACAGGCAGUCCAGGCAAUGGCUAGAUAUGUAUGCCAGGAAGUCCAUUGUCUUUCCUUAACAGACAAAGAAGCCAUGUUUUCUGGGAAUUUCAUGUUCACCUCCUUGGAAAACACUUCAUCUCAUGCAGCGAGGAGUUGAAAUGGGAGAAGGCUGAUACGGGCAUGCUAAGCUUAUCAUGAUAUGAGAUUCUGAGUUUAAAAGGAGAACAGGAGAUGCUCUUUUUCAUCUGAUACAGAGGAAAGAUACGUGAAAAGUGAUUAUUCUGUUAUUUUUAGUAUUAUUCUUAAAUUUUUAUUUAAAUUCGGAGUUAAAUGUGAUUGAGCAAGUAGAUAGUGAUGUGUUGUGUAAUGUGCUUUUGCCAAGAAAUUUUAGCAAGGUAUUUUGAAGCAAUCAUGCAAAAAUAAUUUAUGUAAAUUACAUGUUACUACAGUGUUCAAAUGCAUGGUGGUUUGCAUCAUUCAAAUUAGAAAAAUUAUGUACAGCAUUUCUUUAUUCU